CAAGUUGAGCCAAGACCUUAUCUGGUUAUCCUCAUGCAUGAAAAAAACAGCAGAAAGAGAGUCAAAGAUAUGGGCAUGGGAGACACGUGGCAGAGAGGGGUUGGAACUGGCAGCAUGUCCACUUGUAGACAGAGGAUGCACCCCAUGUGUCAAAAAGAGUAGAGAGGAUUGAAUAGAGGCACAUGGGAUUGCUGCAGCAUCAGCGAGAGCAUCCUAAAGCACCGUUUUUUGGGCUUAUAAAUAGCAGAGAUCGUUUGCAUUACAUCUCCACAACUGCAAGUCUUCACUUAGGUGUUUGCUCCCUCUUCAAUUUGUUUGGAGUCUUUUUGGGGUCAGUGUGGUCGUUACUGUAGGCUAUUAAAGAGUAGUUUUGUUCGUUGGUUGACAAAGAAAGGUUAAAAAAAAUCCAAUCUUAGCAUGGAAAACAACAGGCAAGUCGGUGCUUCUUCUUUUGAUCAUCUUUUUGGUCCUAAAGACUCUUCCUCUUCAUCAUCCGCCUCAAGUGGGAUAUUUGGGUCCAUUUUCCCUCCUCCAUCGAAGGUGCCAGCUGGAAGGGACUCUGGAACUACGGGUAAUCAUGUUGGGAAUGAAACAUAUGUGAAUCCAGAUAAUGCCACUCGGAAAGCCAAGGGAGAGAGCAGCGGCAUAAGUGGCAAAGGCCAGAGUUCAGUUUAUCAGAACGAAAGGCCAGAACCAUGCUAUUUUAGUUCGUCAAUCUACUAUGGUGGCCAAGAAAACUAUUCCCCGAGGACCAAGAACCCAGAAUCUCAACAUGUUUUCAAGAAAGAUUAUGGAAAGGAUGAUCCAAAUGGCAACGAUCCAAACAGCGCUUCAAGAGGGAACUGGUGGCAGGGUUCACUAUAUUAUUAAGCGUCUGGCCCCAUUUUAUGCAAAUGCAGCAUCCCAGUAAACUAAGGAAUAUGACUAUGAGCUCUCUCAACGUAAUCUAUGGAACUAAGAAAUUAAUACAGAUUAGUAUAAGACUAUCACAGCGUCAUAUGGCAGGACAGUGCGGUAAAUUGUUGGGUUCUUUUUGUUCCAACUAGUCGUAUACUCGAGCUGAUAUAUUUCUGUCGGGGUUUUAUACCUUCACUCCUUGCAGAAUCUUGUAUACUAAACAAUCCAUCAUGUUGUCUAGUCGACUAAUAUCAAUAUAUUGUUCUACCUGUCCAUGGACUUUAUACUCUUAA